AUGAAAGAGUUAGAUAACAUUCAGAAGGCGAACCUGGGUCUGAGAUCCGAGUUGGAUGUUUUGAAAUCAUUAUUGGAAGAGGAAGAGGAACAGUGAGUGAAAUUCUGCAUUAUGGAUUUAAUUUUACAUUAUGUUUACACCUGUAUUACUCUGUAAUUCUAGCAGGUAUAUGACACCUGUAUUAUCUACACUGGUAUUAUCUACACCUAUAGCAGAGCUAUAACACCGUUAUAAUCUACACCGGUAUUAUUAAGGAUUCUAGCAGAGAUAGGACACCUGUAUGAUCUACACCUGUAUUAUUAGGGAUUCUAGCGCAGAUACAACACCUGUAUGAUCUACACCUGUAUUAUUAGUGAUUCUAGCAGAGAUAUUACACCUGUAUGAUCUACACCUGUAUUAUUAGUGAUUCUAGCAGAGAUAUGACACCUGUAUGAUCUACACCUGUAUUAUUAGGGAUUCUAGCGCAGAUACAACACCUGUAUGAUCUACACCUGUAUUAUUAGUGAUUCUAGCAGAGAUAUUACACCUGUAUGAUCUACACCUGUAUUAUUAGUGAUUCUAGCAGAGAUAUGACACCUGUAUGAUCUACACCUGUAUUAUUAGGGAUUCUAGCGCAGAUACAACACCUGUAUGAUCUACACCUGUAUUAUUAGUGAUUCUAGCAGAGAUAUGACACUGUAAGGAUCUACAGGUGAUUGUAGCAGAGAUAUGACACCUGUAUGAUCUACACCUGUACUAUUAGCAGGAUUGUAGAUAUGGCACCUGUAAGGAUCUACACCUAUUAUUAGGGACUUAGCAGAUAUAAGGACACCUGUAUGAUCUACACCUGUAUUAUGAGUGAUUCUAGCAGAGAUAUUACACCCGUAUGAUCUACACUGUAUUAUUAGGGAUUCUAGCAGAUAUAUGACACCUGCAAGGAUCUACACCUGCAUAUUAGUGAUUGUAGCAGAGAUAUGACACCUGUAUGAUCUACACCUGUAUUAUUAGUGAUUGUAGCAGAGAUAUGACACCUCUAUGAUCUACUAACCUAUAUUAUUAGUGAUUGUAGCAGAGAUAUGACACCUGUAUGAUCUACACCUGUAUUAUUAGGAUUUAGCAGAGAUAGUGGACACCUGUAUGAUCUACACCUGUAUUACUAGGACUUAGCAGAGAUAUAACACCCGUAUGAUCUACACCUGUAUUAUGAGGAUUCUAGCAGAGAUGACACACCCGUAAGGAUUCACACCUGUAUUGUCAGAUGGAUUCUAGCAGAGAUGUGACACCUGGGUAAGAUCUACACCUGUAUUAUUAGGGAUUCUUAGCAGAGAUGUGACACCUGUAUGAUCUACACCUGUGUAUUAGGACUUCUAGCAGAUACAUGACAACUGCAUGAUCUACACCUGCAUUAUUAGGAUUCUACAGAUGUGACACCUGUAUGAUCUACACCUGUAUUAUGAGUGAUUCUAGCAGAGAUGUGACACCUGUAUGAUCUGUCCCUGUAUUAUUAGAUGGAUUCUAGCAGAGAUAUGACACCUGCAUGAUCUACACCUGUAUUGUUAGAUGGAUUCUAAAGAGAGACAUGACACCCGUAUGAUCUAAUAAUCUGUAUUAUUAGAUGGAUUCUACAGAGAUAUAACACCUGUAUGAUCUACACCUGUAUUAUUAGGGAUUCUAGCAGAGAUAUAACACCUGUAUGAUCUGCACCUGUAUUAUUAGGGAUUCUAGCAGAUAUAUGACACUUGUAUGAUCUACAGGUAUUAGUGAUUGUAGCAGAGAUAUGGCACCUGUAUGAUCUACACCUGUAUUAUUAGGGAUUCUAGCAGAUAUAUGACACCUGUAUGAUCUACACCUGUAUUAUGAGUGAUUCUAGCAGAGAUAUUACACCUGUAUGAUCUACACCUGUAUUAUUAGGGAUUCUAGCAGAUAUAUGACACCUGUAUGAUCUACACCUGUAUUAUUAGUGAUUGUAGCAGAGAUAUGACACCUGUAUGAUCUACACCUGUAUUAUGAGUGAUUCUAGCAGAGAUAUGACACCUGUAUGAUCUACACCUGUAUUAUUAGUGAUUGUAGCAGAGAUAUGACACCUGUAUGAUCUACACCUAUAUUAUUAGUGAUUGUAGCAGAGAUAUGACACCUGUAUGAUCUACACCUGUAUUAUUAGUGAUUGUAGCAGAGAUAUGACACCUGUAUGAUCUACACCUGUAUUAUUAGUGAUUCUAGCAGUGAUAUUACACCUGUAUGAUCUACACCUGUAUUAUUAGAUGGAUUCUAGCAGAGAUAUGACACCUGUAUGAUCUACACCUGUAUUAUUAGUGAUUCUAGCAGUGAUAUUACACCUGUAUGAUCUACACCUGUAUUAUUAGUGAUUGUAGCAGAGAUAUUACACCUGUAUGAUCUACACCUGUAUUAUUAGUGAUUCUAGCAGAGAUAUUACACCUGUAUGAUCUACACCUGUAUUAUUAGUGAUUGUAGCAGAGAUAUGACACCUGUAUGAUCUACACCUGUGUUAUUAAUUAUUGUAGCAGAUAUAUUACACCUGUAUGAUCUACACCUGUAUUAUUAGUGAUUCUAGCAGUGAUAUUACACCUGUAUGAUCUACACCUGUAUUAUUAGUGAUUGUAGCAGAGAUAUGACACCUGUAUGAUCUACACCUGUAUUAUUAGUGAUUGUAGCAGAGAUAUGACACCUGUAUGAUCUACACCUGUAUUAUUAGUGAUUGUAGCAGAGAUAUGACACCUGUAUGAUCUACACCUGUAUUAUUAGUGAUUGUAGCAGAGAUAUUACACCUGUAUGAUCUACACCUGUAUUAUUAGAUGGAUUCUAGCAGAGAUAUUACACCUGUAUGAUCUACACCUGUAUUAUUAGUGAUUGUAGCAGAGAUAUGACACCUGUAUGAUCUACACCUGUAUUAUUAGAUGGAUUCUAGCAGAGAUAUGACACCUGUAUGAUCUACACCUGUAUUAUUAGUGAUUGUAGCAGAGAUAUGACACCUGUAUGAUCUACACCUGUAUUAUUAGAUGGAUUCUAGCAGAGAUAUUACACCUGUAUGAUCUACACCUGUAUUAUUAGGGAUUCUAGCAGAGAUAUGACACCUGUAUGAUCGACACCUGUAUUAAUAGAUGGAUUCUAGCAGAGAUAUGACACCUGUAUGAGCGACACCUGAUGACACUUGUCUCUAUAUUAUGUAUUUAUGUCUCGGAGAUUGUUUUUUAAGGUUACUGCUUUCAGUGGGUCCUUGAUUCUGUUUAAUAAUUGUUGUUUCUGUUCCCAGGAUGAGUAAUACCCGGAUGCAGAGCCCCCUAAUCCCACACCCAUCGCACCCUCUGACAAAUUCAUUCCCCUCGUCAAUGUAUAGCGCAGCCUCUGAAUUUGCUAAAUCCUGUCUGCUUGAUUCGUCGGAGACCUUUACUCCAUUAAACUCAGGAGACUCUUCCGAAACACUCAAAUCCUCUACAUCAGCCGCAGGUUAUUGGGAUUUACAAAAACCUAAGGAAAUGUUUGUCUUCAGCCUUUAUUCUUACACACAAUGAAUAUUACAUCACUAUAUCUCUCCGUAUUGAUAAGCUUCUAAUAUAAAUGCAGCAUGUAAUAAAUGCCAGUAUUAGAUCAAACCUGUAGUAAGUAUAGAACUCGUUCGGGAAUCAUGAGGAAUUGAUCAUAUGUUUGACAGCCAGCAGGGGGCACUCUAAGUGCCAUAAAACUGGCCCUUAUUCAGCUUACACUCCUAGAGACUUUGUUACGGGGGAACUUGUUUAUUGCAACAUGAUAGACAAAUGUAAUGAUACUUAGUGGCCACUUUAUUUUGUUUUUAGAAUAUUGAAUAAAGUAUGUUUUAUGUUAUAUUGAUCUAUUUAAAGAAUCAUCUAUUAAGAUAUUUUACAUUUUGAUUCAGUACCAGCGCCCUCCAUCUCCUUAGAUAUAUAUUUUGGGCUGUAUUUCUCUUUAGGAGUCGCAGGUUAUUUUAUUUUCAUUUUAUUUCACGAUUGCAUUUAUUCAGCUCCAAGUACCAUAGCCACUAUAGUUCAUUGCAGUGGUUGUGGUGCUAUGUCUUUGGGUGCUGUGCCCUGGUUUACAGUCAAACCAGAUUCAUGUUAACCAGUCCCAGCACUCUAAGCCAGUAAUUGCUUUCCAUGUCGGAGAGUUUCACACUGUGAUGUGUCUGCAUUAUGUGUUCCGCUGCAGAAACUCCAAUUUGACCCCAAACGAGGCAUGGCGCCCAUACUAUCAUAGCACCAUAACCACUUCCCAUGUUUUUAGCUAUGGUGCUAAGAUGCCGAGUACUUUAAUAUCUGGUGGGAAAAAGGUGAAAGUAAUACACCAUGAUUUUUAUAUAUCAAUUUGUACAAAAUAAUGGAGUUUUGUAGGUUUAAGUUGCUGUAAUAGAUGUCAAUGUCAAGCAAUCUAAAAUAUAUUUUAAUUUUGAUUGUUCACAAGUUGUAUUGGACAUAAAACCCAUUUUUAUUUAACCGACUAAGUGAUAUAUGUUAAUAUAUAGAGAUACCCAAUGACAGGGUAUUAUAUACAGAUACUAUUUAUACAAUAUGUUGGUGUGACAAUCACCUCACAUGUAUCUGCCCGGGUUCCUGUCAAACUAAUUAAUACAUAGCCAAGAAUGAGACAACUUGCAGAUCUUACAGAUAAAACGUCUAUUGGAAAAUCCCAAAAUAACGUCAACGUUUCAACCUCUUGGGAUUGUUGUCAGUAACCGUACAGAGUGCGUGUUUUAUUGGAAACGUUGUCACUGUUCUGGGUAGAAUGGUUGUUAUCGGCCAUCUCGCUGCAUCUAUUCUGAUAUGAUUUAUUUACAGACAUUAACCAGCAUUUAUUCCCAUUUAGAAGAUAAACACAGUGAGCACAGAGAGUCCCUCCAGCGGAUGGACCCGCCGCCAUUACUCAAUGGCCUCUCUCUGGGGGAAGGCGAAGUACGAGACUCAAUAACCUCAAUGAAGAAGACCUCAAGUUCAAAGAUUAUCAACAAAAACUCACACCAGGCCGAUACCGACCACAAAUCCGCCACAGCAAGGUACGUCCUCUGUUAAUUAGCAUCUCUCCGUUUAUUAAGCGUGCAUUAAAAAUGCCAUGUACCAUGAAACAGCGUAAGACCACCAAGUCCAAACGUUCAUGUUCCCCGAAUCUGCUGUUGAUGCAAAACAAGUGAAAAACAAUCUUGGGGCAAUUUUAAAUUAAGUUGGAAAAGGGAAAAUCGUUCUUGAUUCUAUAGUGCUCCUACAUGUUCUCCUCAGGUUAACAGACGUAGCGUUAGAUUCUGCCCAUGGCCCAGUGGGAGUCCACAUCCUAAUCAUCAUCAAAUAUAUUAAGAAACACAUUAUAUGAGAAAUUAAAUCUACUUUAAAUAAAGGUGUUUCAGACUUGUUUUAGUUAAAGAAACUGUAUUUAAAAAAUAAUAAUGUUUAGAUUGUCUGCUCUCUGUAUCUCUCUGAUAGAACUCUGACUCUGAUCUCACCCAUCUAUAUCCAUCAGCACGGCCAGAGUACCAGGCUGGCUAUAAAUAAAUGGUAACUUUCUAUCUGAGAUAAAUCUAGGAAAUAAAUUAUAUUCUGAGAAUCUGCCCUAUUACCCUGAGACUUCAUGAAUUACACUUCUUUAUAUCGGUCAAGGGAGACAAGAACCCCUAUAAUUUCCUUUUGGACCGAUCUCAUAUAAUGGGGAGAAUGAAAUUAAAUAUAAUACUAAUUGGCUGAUUACACAAGGGUCGCAGAAUUUUGCUGGUUUUCUGCUUUUUGGGGUGAUACAGCAUUGAGUUAUUCUUUACAGCUUUGAUAGAAAGGGGCUUGUUCAUGAAUUAGCAUUGGAUUUCCAAGAGUGGGUGCGCAGUAACAUCACAAAAUAUAAUUUUAUUUAAAUAAUUUAAUUUGCCCGAGACAACCGGUACCCCGGCCCUCAGUUUUUUCCAUUUUUGUUGUAUAGUAUUUAUCUGUUCUUCGUUUGAAUAAAGACAACGGAUGAAAGUAGCAAUGCAGUCUAAACAUAACGAAUCCGGAACAUAUCUUGUAAUGUACUUAUAUAUGAAUGUUAGCACCUGGAAAACUAAUGGGCUCUUGCACGUGCCGCACCUUGUACAUUGUGUACUCAAUACCGUUGCAAAAUAAAGAAUUAUAAUAAUAAAUAAUUUAAUUUGCUCCCCAGAGAAGAAUGAUAACCGAUCUGAAAGAAGAAAAGUUACCCCUAAACUCCAAACUCACAUCAGCACAAUCUAUUUAAAAAUAACCUAAUUAUAACCUAGUUAUAAUUUACUAAUUCAUAUUAAAGCCUUAAUUAUAAAUACUUUGUGAUGGUAGAAAUGCUGGAUUAUGGAUGAUGGAUUUAAUGUCACAUAACGGUCCGCUCUGUUGUAGUGAAUUAAACUAUGUAUCUAAAAUGGAUAAUGAAGUGAAUGUUGAAGGACCACUAUAGUGCCAGGAAAACAUACGCGUUUUCCUGGCACUAUAGUGCCCUGAGGGUGCCCCUCCCACAUGGGCUCUGGGGAGAGGAAACUUACCUUUUUUCCAGCGCCGGGUGGGGAGCUCUCCUCCUCCUCUCCGCCUCUGAUCCUCCUCUUCAGCUUUCCUAUGGACGCUGGUGUCUUCUCACUGUGAUUUUCACAGUGCGAAUCACGCAAGCGCCUCUAGCGGCUGUCAAUGAGACAGCCACUAGAGGCUUUAGAGGCUGGAUUAACCUAUUUAUAAACAUAGCAGGUUAUCUGAAACUGUUAUGUUUAUUAAAAAAAAGGGUUAAUCCUAGAGGGACCUGGCACCCAGACCACUUCAUUAAGCUGAAGUGGUCUGGGUGCCUAGAGCGGUCCUUUAAGUGGUGGGUCUGUCUGUUUGCUUGCACCAUGUCUUGACUCAUGGUUACAUGUUCCUCAUUUUGGGAUGUGAGGAUGAAAUAAUCAAAACUGAUACAGAUGGCAAGUAUAAACUACAUAAAUCGUCUGAUAUGGUCACAUCACCCUCAGUCAGCCAUUAUGUCAAAGUGCUGCAAUUGUGGUGAGUGUUUUGCCAAACGGCGCCUAAGGCUGGGUUAUCAUAAAUUAAAUAAUGAUAUUCUAGUUGUUACUGACAGGGAAAGGGUUAUAUUAUUAUUAUAUUUGGGCUCUGUUGUCUUUAACGUGUGAUUAGAGAUAUCCACAUACAGGUAUAUGAUUUGCUUGACCUUUGCCAUGUAACUUGCGGAGACUGUAACUUCUAGUCUUCAUCACAGAUUUGGUGUUUUAUGGACAAGCACACAAUUCAUACGGUUGUGGCUCACUCAGCAUUAUGGGAGUUGUAAUUUCCUCAAGGAUGGACAGUAUACUUUUCUGGUUAGUCCAAUAUCACCUUAUGAGAUCUUAAUGUCCUGUGCUGCCCCCUACUGGCCUUUGUAUUAGCGUUGGAUGGAUCAUUGAAUUCUUUCUCUGGUUACAUUGAAUAGAUUAGUGCCAGGCUCUGCUCUCUGCAGAGGGAGUGGUUUAUUUUUUUUAAAGCCAAUUAUAUCAAACAUUAUAAUGGCACAGCAUUGGAUUAAAUCUAUUAUACAAAAAUAAGUCCUGGGCAGCAGCAAUGACCAUACUACACAUCAGUCCCAACACAUACAAUAAAACCAAAGAAAAUAGUUACUUGCUCACUUAGAUGUAAGCCCACCGGCCACGCCAAGGCAAACCUCUUAGGUGGGUCCUACACUAACAUUCACCUUGCUGCUUUUAGCUUCAAGUAAAAAAAAAUAAGUAGGUAGGGGUUUAGAUAAAUACCCCUCUCUGUCUCAUUAGAAAUUUUUUACCUGAAGCUGAAAGUAGCGAGGUGAAUGGUUAGUAUAGGAUCCACCUAAGAGGUUUGCCUUGAAAUGGCAGGUGAGCUUGCAAUCUAAUGGCCAUUGGAGUCAUACUAAAACUGUAAUUACCUUAACAAAGAUGGAGGCUCCCACAAAAGAUAAUCCCAUGUUUCAAUUUAUUUUUUAUAAAUAUCUCCAAUUUUAGCUCUUAUGUAGCAUUAUAUGUGGGGUCACCAAGACAGUCAGGAGAACACAGAGAGUUUAAAUGCUGGGUACUUAGUCAUAGGCUGGGCAGGGGUUGGAAAGGAUCAGCAUAUAAUACUUUAUAGUCACAGGUAAAGCAGCAGAUUGUUUUACGGCUCUUGUUUUUUUAUCGUUUAAUACACGUUUUUCUACUUUAUCAUAAAAUAUUUCCAGUUAUUAGCAUCUAUCAUUCUCCCUCGUAUUAGUGGAAAUAAAGGUAAUAAUUUUGUUGUAUCUCCUGUCUCUCCCUGUGUGGACUCAUAGCUCUCUUGGGAACCUGAAGAUUGCAGAAGUAAAUGGCAAGUUUGUACGAAUCAUUAACGCUUCUCCUGAAGAAGAGGAGGACAUUGGGGGUUACAUCCUCCAGCAGAACGUCUGUGGGCAUCCAGUAUCUGUCUACCGAUUCCCACCCAAGAUCCGCAUCACGGCAGGCUGUGCGGUGACGGUGAGAAUAUAGGGAGAUUGAGGUGGGAUUCUGUAAUCAGAAAAUGAACAAUGCUUUUAAUGCAGAGUCCUGAGAAUAAUGUAAUUACAUCAGCUGUCAUUUCUCUUUGUGUCUAGUACUUCUCAAAGCCGAGGGCAUGUUUAAUUCUUUCGCUGAUGUAUUGACAUAUUUUGCUUUUAUGAGUACAAUUCAUGCUGUCUCUGUAAGGUUACAAUAAAUGCUGCUGUGGCUCCCGUGCAUACUGUCCCUCUAAUGCUCACGUGCACAUUGUCCCUCUGUGGCUCCAGAGCAUACUGUCCCUCUAAGCUUCAUGUUUAUACUGUCUCUCUAAGACUCUUAUCCAAACUGUCCCUCUAAGACUCCUAUCCAAACUGUCCCUCUAAGACUCCUAUCCACCGGUCCCUCUAAGACUCCUAUCCAAACUGUCCCUCUAAGACUCCUAUCCACCUGUCCCUCUAAGACUUCUAUCCAAACUGUCCCUCUAAGACUAUGGAUAAAUUCCUUAGAGGGACGGUAUGAAUGAGAGCCUUAAAGGGAGAAUAUGUAUAGGAAUCUUAGAGGGACAGUGUAAAUAUGAAACUUAGAGGGACAAUAUGCACUGGAGUUGCAGAGGGUCAAUGUGCACGUGAGUAUUAGAGGGACAGUAUGGAUAGGAGUCUUAGAAGGACAGUAUGGAUAGGAGUCUUAGAGAGACAGUAUAAACAUGAAGCUUAGAAUGACAGUAUGGAUAGGAACCUUAGAGGGACAGUUUAAAUAGGAGUUUUAGAGAGAAAGUAUAAACGUGAAGUUUAGAGGGACAGUAUGGAUGGGAGUCUUAGAGGAACAGUAUAGAUAGGAACCUUAGAGGGACAGUUUGGGUAGAAGUCUUAGAGGGACAGUUUGGAUAGGAGUCUUAGAGAGACAGUAUAAUCAUGACGCUAAGAGGGACAAUAUGCAUGGGAGCCUUAGAGAGACAGUAUAAACGUGAAACUUAAAGGGACAGUAUGGAUAGGAGCCUUGGAGGGACAGUUUGGAUAGGAGUCUUACAGGGACAGUAUGGAUACUGUCCCUGUAAGACUCCUAUCCAAACUGUCCCUCCAAGGCUCCUAUCCAUACUGUCCCUUUAAGUUUCACGUUUAUACUGUCUCUCUAAGGCUCCCAUGCAUAUUGUCCCUCUUAGCGUCAUGAUUAUACUGUCUCUCUAAGACUCCUAUCCAAACUGUCCCUCUAAGACUUCUACCCAAACUGUCCCUCUAAGGUUCCUAUCUAUACUGUUCCUCUAAGACUCCCAUCCAUACUGUCCCUCUAAACUUCACGUUUAUACUUUCUCUCUAAAACUCCUAUUUAAACUGUCCCUCUAAGGUUCCUAUCCAUACUGUCAUUCUAAGCUUCAUGUUUAUACUGUCUCUCUAAGACUCCUAUCCAUACUGUCCUUCUAAGACUCCUAUCCAUACUGUCCCUCUAAUACUCACGUGCACAUUGACCCUCUGCAACUCCAGUGCAUAUUGUCCCUCUAAGUUUCAUAUUUACACUGUCCCUCUAAGAUUCCUAUACAUAUUCUCCCUUUAAGGCUCUCAUUCAUACCGUCCCUCUAAGGAAUUUAUCCAUAGUCAUUCUCUAAGUAUCAUUACUUAAAAUCUCUCUUUUAAGACUCCCUUUCAUAUACGCUCCAGUCUAAUAGGUUCCUCUACUAACCCAUCCAUAAUAUCCCUUUAAAGAGACACUAUAGUCACCAAAACAACUUAGCUUAAUGCAACAGUUUUGGUGUAUAAAUAGAUCAUGCCUCUGUAGUCUCACUGCUCAAUUCUCUGCCAUUAAGGAGUUAAAUCACUGUUGUUUAUGCAGCCCUAGGCACACCUCCCUGCAUGUGACUUACACAGCCUUCCUAAACACUUCCUGUAAAGAUUAAUCUAAUGUUUACACUUCCUUUAUUGCAAAUUCUGUUUAAUUUAGAAUUGCUUAUCCCCUGCUAUGUUAAUAGCUUGCUAGACCCUGCAAGAGCCUCCUGUGUAUGAUAAAAACAUUUCAAUUAAGCUACAUCUGAUUGAAAAUGAAGCUAUUUUGUUUUCAUGCACGCUGUGUCAGUCACUGCCAGAGGAGGUGUUGCUGUCCCUUUAAGGAUUUUAUCCAUACUGUCCCUUUAAAGCUCAGAUUUUUAUUGUCAUUCUAAGUCUCCUGUUCUUACAAUCCCUCUAAGGCUCUCAUUCAUUAUGUCCCACAUGUAAUGUUCCUUUAUGGCUUUCAUUCACACCAUCCCUAUAAACCUCCCAUUCAUUCUGUCUUUCUAAUAAUCUAUCAAUAUAAGUUUGUAAUCCAUGCUGCCAUCUAUACCAGUUCUCCCAUUCUGGUGACUUAAUAGCGGGAGCAGAUUGCUGUAAUCACACACAGUGCUCUAUGUUACAUUCUAUAAUAACAGGAAAUAAAAUGAUAUUGCUUGAUUGGCAGGUAUGGGCAGCCACAGCAAACGCCCCUCACAAUCCGCCAUCUGACUUCCUGUGGAAGGAGCUGAAAACGUUUAUCACUGAACGACGUUGUACCACCAUCCUGAGCAACGCCAAUGGCCAUGUGAGUCUUUCUUCAUUUAAAAAUAAAAUGGAAGGGAUGUUUUUCACCCCUCAAAUAGAAUUAGUUAGCGGGAGAGUUCUGUAG